GGUUCCCACAGGAACAGAGCUAGCGAGCUCCCCACCUUGCACUUUCUCUCUCAAAAAUGGCGAGACUCUCUGCGCGAGCAGCAGCACCCCGGUGUAGAGAGGUGUGGGGUAUGAUGACAUCGAGCCGGUAUGAGAUAUGAUGGAGAAGCUUUGGGCCAGCCUGUUGGAGGUGUCAUGGAGCCCGGCAUCAGUUCCGUUAGAUGCUGUGGUCAGCAAGGUCCGCUUGCCCUGUCUCGUCCGCCUGGCGCCCGGGGAGUGUGUCGAGGGUCUGUGUGAGGAUGAUAUGGUGCUACUCCACUCCUGUCGUCAGUGGACCACCGUCACCGCUCUCUCUCUGGAAGAAGGACACUACGUCAUCGGACCAAAGAUAGACAUCCCUCUCCAGUACCAGGGUAGAUUCCGUCUAGUUGAUGAAGACAGAGACGUCAGGGAUCCCGUCCAGUAUUUUUCCUCGGUGGAGGAAGUGGCCGGAGUGUUCCCUGACCGAGUCUUCACCAUGGAAACCAUCAGCUUCACUGUCAAGGUCGUGUCGAGGGAGUUCAGUGAGGACAGUGAGUCGUACAGUGUGACGCUGCAGGCCGGAGAUCAGCUGUCACUAAUGGGGAAGGCGGAGCUUCUCACGGCCACGCCUACCAGGGAGAAAACCGGACUGAGCGCUCUCCUGAGACGCCUGGGGAAAACCCCCCGCAGUAAAACUCCGUGUCUGGUGUGUAUGAACCAUCGGACCAAUCAAAGACUUUCUCUGCCCUUCACCUGCCGAGGACGGUUCUGCACGCGCUCCCCGCUGGAGCAGGGCAUUCUGGGAGCUGACCACACGGUGCGCAGCAUCAUCGAGAGGGUCAGACUUCCUGUUAACGUUACUGUGCCGACAAGACCACCACGGAACCCCUAUGACCGCCACGUGGUGAGAGAGGGGCAUCGCUACAAGCUGUUGAACAUCGUCAGUAAAACUGUGGUGUUGUGUCUCGUCCUGCGUCCCACCCAACUGGUUCCCUCCCACUUUCUGUUGCUACGCUGCAUGCCCCGCUUCUCCAUGGCGAUGCCAACGGCAACCAUGGACAGCCUGUUGCUACGGCAACAUGCCAGCUUCGACCCUGACGGUUACAGCCGAGCCGUCCGAGAGACGCGUCCAGAACUCAGCGAGGAGAGUGUGAACGUGCAGCGAGUGUGCGUGAGCGAGGACUCUCAGCAGCUGUCUAUGUGUGUGUUCGCUGGUGGUGGAGUUACAGACAACGUCAGCCAAUCCCAGCACUGCAGAGACUCUGUGGGGGAGGGGCCAGAGUACAUCUCUCCCGAUUGGCCGGAAGCUGAGCUGCAGACCAAUGAGGAUAUCGCCUAUGAAGAACUCUGGACCAAUCAGAUAGCAGAGGACCUGGGGAAGGCGGAGCCAAACCUCAUCUCCUUCCAUUCCUCUUCCUCAAUGGACGGAUCGCUGGGGACCGCCCACCUCGCCAUGGUGACACGAGUUCCAACUCCUCCCCCUGUACCUCCAAAAUCAGACGCAGUGAGAGAAGAGUGCAGGUUCCUGAUCCCUCCUCCAGUUCCUCCUCGAUGCUGUAAAGGAGAGUCAUCCCCUUCCUGUCCUAGCCCCGCCCCCAGCCCACCGAUCCCACCCCGCUUCCCUCGGACACACCUCUCAUGCUACUCCUCUGGAACAACAGACAGUUGUUCCGUAUCUCUUCCAGACUCAUUUGUCUACUGUUAUCCCUGUUCCUGGACUGAUCCCUCCCUCUCCAGCCCUGAGCCAAUCUCUGCUCUCCCUGCCGACAGCCUGGCCAAUCCCCAGCCUGCGCAGGCCUCCUGGGCGGAGCCAUGGAGCUGUAACUCCUCUUCCUGGCUGAGGCCUCCGCCCCCUCAGAGCCGAUUCGCUCCCUUCGGAGCGCUGAACCCCUUUAACCCUAGUCGCUUCACCUGCCCAUCUCCAGAGCCAGUACCAUCCAAUCAGAUAUCAGAGUUCUCCAGAGGCGCCGAGGGAGGCGGGACUUUCGAGGGGUCGACUCAGCCUAGUGACCCUGCCUGGCGCCCGCCCACUGACCUGUCUGCGCUCUCAUUGGAGGAGGUGUCUGCCAGUCUGAGGUUCAUCGGCCUAUCAGAGGCGGCAGUGGGCGUGUUCCAGAGAGAGCGUGUUGACGGGAGCCUCCUGGUGCGGCUCGAUGAGGAGACCCUGUCACAUGACUUCCACCUCAGCCGACUGCACGUCACAAAGAUCACACAGUUUAUACAGGGCUGGAGGCCCAAGAUAUAACCCUAACCCACAGCUGCCUGUCUUCACUAUUAGAGCCAUCCUAAAUCUACCUUCUGAUUGGUUGAACUGCCUGCUGUGUGCCUUCUGAUUGGUUGAACUGCCUACUGUGUGCCUUCUGAAUGGUUGAACCGGCUGCUGUGAGCCUUCUGAUUGGCUUGAGGAGAGAUAGUGACUUGGAGGGUGAUCAGUGAACUGUACAUUUUACAUUUUAGUCAUUUAGCAGACGCUCUUAUCCAGAGCGACUUACAGUUAGUGAGUGCAUACAUUU